AUGCAGCAACUACUUCAGCGGUACAGGUCCCAUAACAUCUUAUGUGCUGGGGAUUUCAACGCCCACAGUUCCACAUGGGGAUAUGCCAACACUGAUCCUAAAGGCCGGAUGCUAGAAGAUUUCUUUUCUAGUCAAAAUAUGAGCGUACUUAAUCAUCAUGAUGCUGCACCCACCUUCGAUCGCGUCCACUCACAGGGAUGGCCCGACCUUAUAGUAGCAACAUUGCAAAUUGCGCAAAAGAUUCAGGAUUGGACGGUUGUGGAAGGCUUAAGCCUUUCAGACCACAAUUAUAUUAGAUUUUCUAUCGCCAGUGAGACAGCCACCUCGAUAAUCAAGAGGUAUAACUUGCCAAGUAAUAAAGUAAGGACAUUUGCUGCAGCCAUUAAAUCCCAACUUGCCCACUUCGCAGAGUUGAUCGAACAAGCAACUACCACCGAAGCCUUACAAGUUAUCACGAGUGACAUAAUAUCCACCAUAAGAACAGUUUGUAAUGAAAUGUUGCCAACCAGAACAACCAAAAAGAUCUCUAAUCUAAACUGGUGGAGCAGUCAUCUCAGAGAACAACAGCAGAAAGUUCGCGCCCUUAGACGCCGUCUUAAGCAGGAGCGGCGUCACAAUAUUUCUUCUAACACGCUCAUCACCUUUCAACAGGAAAGAGCAAAAUAUAAGAAAAUGAUCCUACAGGCCAAACUGGAAAGCUGGAGAAAAUUUUGCACGGAAAAUACCGAAAUAUAUGGCAUACACCACAAGAUUGCUACGUGUAAGCUUUUCAAACCCGCCCCCUUCCAUCUGCUACCUGUCCCAGAGAUCUCCAAUAAACUCACAGAGACCAUGCCUGCAGAAAUCGUGAAGGCGGUCUUCGCCACAGACGACCCCUCCGAAGACACGCAAGCACAUAGAAUAAUCCGAUAUGAUACCUCGGACAUUGAUACUGCAGAAGAUGCUUGUUUCACAAAACAAGAAAUAUUGCACAUCUUAAAGUGCCUACCGCAAAAGAAAGCACCUGGGCCCGACGGAGUAGACUAUCGUAUAAUAAACUAA